AUGGUUUCCAGGUCCUUUGCAGUUGUGAUCUGUCAUGGCUCCUACCAUACUCCCGCCCCAUAUCAGCCUCUUGUUGAAGCCUUGACGGCGAAGGGAAUUGAAGCCUAUUGUCCCCAACGGCCCACUUGCGAUCUCAGUCAGCUCAAUGUCGGAAACCUUAACAACCCAGAUUUCGACCGCAGAGCUCCCCCAGGAGGCUAUCCACUUCCUGCAGAUGACGCGACAGAUAUUGGGCUGCUGCUUGACAAGUUGAUUGCACAGGGGAAAUUGGUACUUCUCGCAGGACACUCCUCUGGUGGUUGGGUCGCCGCCGAGGCUGCGCAAUCUUCUCGCCAAGCUCCAGUCCGUGCAAGGGAAGGAAGGACAGGUGGUGUCAUUGGGAUCUUCUUCAUCGGAGCAUUCAUUGUUCCGCAAGGCCAAUCAGUCCACUCGUUCUUCCAGCCCCCGGACGGCAAAGUUGUUGUGCCUCCGUUUAUGGAAUUCCACAAACAUGGUGUGAGUGGCCUCGGAACCAUGGUCAACCCUGAACAAUAUCUGUUCAACGACCUCGACGGGGCGACCGCGAAGAAGUGGGCAUCGACAUUGACAGCAGCCCCCGUCAUGAAUAGUCCCCUUACCCAUAAUCCUUAUGAUGUGCUCCCUUGCGCCUAUCUUGUGUUGGAAAAAGACCGUACAUUGCCCAAGGAGUAUCAAGAAGGAAUGGCAGCGAGUCAGAGCAAACCGUUCAAGGUCUACCGUGCACCUUGUGGUCACUCUCCACACCUUAGUUGGACAAAUGGGCUUGUUGCGAAGGUGGAGGAAUUUGGAAACCAGGUUCUAGCUGAAAGCACAGCAAAUUAG